AUGUACCGUCAGAUUCGCAUCCAUCCUUCGGACUACCAACUCCAACGAAUCCUUUGGCGCAAUUCCUCCUCCGAACCGCUUCGCACGUUUGAGCUGACGACAGUCACCUACGGAACUGCCUCAGCCCCGUUUUUGGCCACGCGAUGCUUGAACGAGCUGUCUAAGCAAGGCGCGGAGGACUACCCACUUGCGUCAUUGGCAUUGGGUAGGGAUUUCUACGUGGACGACAUGCUAACCGGAGUGUACGACGAAGAGGAAGGUGAAGAACUCUGCAAGCAGCUGUUGUCACUUUUGCCAUCUGCCGGGUUCAGUCUACGGAAGUGGGCAUCUAACUCCGCCGAAGUUCUGUCGAAAAUACCCCCCGAGCUGCGCGACGAACGAUCAGUUCUGGGGCUGGAGUCCCACACAACUCCAAUAAAAACUCUCGGAAUCCAGUGGCAGCCAGCUACAGACACGUACAGCUAUGCAGUUCCAAUCUGGUCUACACAGUCUGUCAUCACACGUCGCGUCGUCGCAUCCGAUAUAGCCAAGCUGUUCCUGCCGCUCGGCCUACUGGGUCCGGUAAUAGUUCUUGCCAAGAUAUUCGUCCAAUCUCUUUGGGAAGAAAACAAGUCAUGGGAUGCACCGUUGAAGCCAGAACAGCAGCAGUAUUGGCGGGAAUAUCGCAACAGUCUAGAAGACAUCCCAUCAAUAUCCAUUCCACGAUGGGUAGCGUGCGCGAGUGAUCCUGUGCUCGUCGAGUUGCACGGGUACUGCGAUGCAUCCGAACGUGCGUAUGGAGCCAACAUCUACAUACGAACCGUAUCCAGGGACGGCACUAUUUCGGUGCGGCUGUUGUGCGCCAAAUCGAAGGUGGCGCCUUCAGGCAAGUCCAAGAAUUCAGUACUACUAUCCUUACCACUGUUGGAGCUCUCAUCGGCACUUCUCCUGGCUCACCUGUACCACAAGGUUGCCGCCAGUCUCGACCUGAAGACGAAGCCAUUUUUCUGGACGGACUCGAUGAUAGUUCUGUGCUACAUUCGGUCACCACCGGCCCGCUGGAAAAAGUUUGUUGCAAACCGAGUGGCGGAGAUCCAACGACUCACCGCUGGCGGGAUCUGGUCGCAUUGCCCUGGGGCCGAAAAUCCAGCGGACAUAAUCUCACGUGGAAUGAGCCCCGCGGAGCUGAGAGACACACCCGCGUGGUGGAUCUCACACGAGUGGCUUAAUCGAGAGUCCCGAUUUUGGCCGCCGAUAAAUCAGCCCCUUCCUGACUACCUCCCGGGCAUCGCCCAAGCGGAGCGUGCGGUAGCGCUCCCGGUUCAAUUAGUAAAACCAAACGAACUCUUCGCUAUCCAGUCAUCGUUCCCUCUCCUGCUUCGUCUUGUCGCCUACCUUCGUCGGUUCCAGCACAACGCGUCCUCUCGAGAUCGCAACAACCGGAGGAUCGGACACCUAACAACUCUCGAGCUGACUGACGCGACGAAGAUUCUUGUUCGAAUCGCACAAAGAGAAGCCUUCGCCCGAGAUCUAGCCGAAAUUGAAUCCAGUGGACAAGUAAGCCAUCGUUCGGAACUGAAAUAUCUGGCACCUAUCCUGGUCGAUGGGGUCCUCCGUGUGGGUGGUAGACUAAAACACGCAGCCAUCUCCGAAGAUAGGAAACAUCCCAUGAUCUUGCCAGCUCGUCACCCCCUGACCGAGCGCAUUUUGGUGCACUACCACGAGAAACACCUCCACGCUGGACCGCAGCUUCUCGUAGCAUGUGUCAGAGAAAGAUUCUGGCCCCUUCGUGUGCGCAAUUUGGCACGGACUAUAGUGCAUACCUGCGUGAAUUGCUAUCGUUGCAAGCCCACCAUCAGCGAGCAGCUCAUGGGAGACCUGCCCCAACAAAGAGUCACACCCACGCUGCCUUUCCUCAACACCGGCGUUGACCUGUGCGGACCGUUCCAGUAUCGAAAGGCGCCGAGAGCAGCACCAACUAAAUGCUAUGUGGCCAUUUUCGUGUGCCUCGUCACAAAGGCUGCUCACAUCGAACUUGUCUACGACCUUAGUACAGCCGCCUUCUUAGCGGCCUUGCACAGAUUUAUCGCUCGUCGAGGGAAGCCGAAGCUCAUCCAGUGCGACAACGCAACGAACUUCAAGGGAGCAGAAAGGGAAUUGGAGAAGUUACGAAAGCAGUUCAUCAACCAGCAACUCCAAGCCGCAGUGGUCAACCGCUGUGCAGACGACGGCAUCGACUUUAAGUUCAUUCCGCCCCGCAGUCCCAAUUUUGGCGGAUUGUGGGAAGCGGCGGUGAAGUCGUUUAAAAAACACCUGCGAGCCACAAUUGGAAAUUCGGUACUGUCGCAAGACGAGUUCGUCACCCUACUGGCACGGAUUGAAGCCUGCUUAAACUCCAGACCGUUGACUCCGCUCUCUGCCGACCCAAAUGACCUGGAGGUCUUGACCCCGGGCCACUUCCUCGCUUUUCGUCCGCUCACUUCGCCUCCCGAACCCGACCUGUCCGAGAUUCCACGGAACCGUCUCGAUCGCUGGCAGGAGAAUCAAGAACUACUACGGCGCAUUUGGAAGCGUUGGACUAUCGAUUACCUCUCGGGCUUACACCCACGCACGAAGUGGACGCAGCAGCGUGAUAACAUCAACGUCGGCACGUUAGUGCUACUCAAGGAAGAUAAUCUGCCACCCCUGAAGUGGCGCUACGGUCGUGUGAUUCGUGUCUGUCGUGGCGAUGACAACAACAUCCGUGUCGUCGUUGUACGCACCGCCGACGGAGAGUACACACGGUCCAUUUCGAAGAUCUGCGUCCUGCCGUUACGCCAACCCACCGCUGAUGUCGCUGGCGCGGCCAACCCAAACCCCGAGGACUAA